AUGGACAACGACACCAACAUGGGCGAGGUCCCCGCCUCCCGUCUGCUCGACCCCCAAAUCUUCGAGCACCUCAAGAAUAAGAUCGAUGAGGACCAGCUGGUUAGGGAUCAGAUGAGCCAGACGGUCCAGAAGCUUGACAGGGCCAUCUCCUACGUCCAGGGCCUGCUGUCCCGCGUUCACGCCACCCCGCGCGAGCAAUAUGGUCCCUUGCUCACGGACGUCCAAACGGGCAUCCAGAAGGAGGUCGAGGUCAUCGGCGAGCUGCAGGAGAUUGCCUCCAAGUACCCUUACUACAAGUACAACCAGAAGUGGAACCGUCAAGUCCAGAACGCAAUCUUCACCGUCCUCCUCUGCGGCUGGCUCGGCGGCCUUACCGCCGACGGCAAGCCCGGCCCCGUCGCCCGCCUCCUCAGCCUCGAGGAGGUCGGCGAGAUCUUUAAGGUCCCCGUCAACCUCAAGGACCGCGACGCCUUCCACCUCACCAUCGAGGAGUACCUCCUCGCCCUCACCGACGUGACCCAGGAGCUCUCCCGCCUGGCCACCAACGCCGUCACCAUGGGCGACUUCGCCAUGCCCGUCGAGAUCAGCGCCUUCGUCAAGGACCUCUUCGCCGGCUUCCAGCUCCUCAACCUCAAGAACGACAUCCUGAGGAAGCGUGUCGACGCGGUAAAGUACGACGUCAAGCGUGUCGAGGACGUCGUCUACGACCUGUCCCUGCGCGGCCUGCUCCCCAAGAAGGAGGCUCCCGCUGCUGCGGCUGCGGCUGCCACGGCAGAGCCCACGGCGGAGGCAAAGAACUAG